GGAUUGGCUGUUGGCGGCGUUGCGGCUGAGCUCGUGUGCGGCGGCCGAGGUGUUAGCGGCAGCUGCAGCAAAGCGUUUGGCGCGAUGUCUCACACUAUUUUGCUGGUACAGCCUACCAAGAGGCCAGAAGGCAGAACUUACGCUGACUAUGAGUCUGUGAAUGAGUGCAUGGAAGGUGUUUGUAAAAUGUAUGAAGAACAUCUGAAGAGAAUGAACCCCAACAGCCCUUCCAUCACAUAUGAUAUCAGUCAGUUGUUUGACUUUAUUGACGAUCUGGCAGAUCUCAGCUGUCUUGUUUACCGAGCUGAUACACAAACAUACCAGCCGUAUAACAAAGACUGGAUCAAAGAGAAGAUCUACGUGCUCCUCCGUCGACAAGCCCAACAGGCUGGGAAGUAAUUGAGUGGGAAGCAUUAGGGGCUGGGGGUGGCCUUGGAACAGGUGCAUCCAGCGUGCUGUAGUGACCCUUUUGUAUGACAGCAAGCCAAGACUGAAUGUCUGCCGUGAACGAUCUUUUCACUCUGAAGCCACCGUCGCCCCUUUGCUUCUUUACUUUCGUUUUUUUUACUUAAACAUUUUUAUGAUAAUUCAGAUAGAAAACAUUUUUGCCAUUUAAGGUUGGUUCCAGUCCUUGAAACUGUCUGAGUCUGCUUUAUAGCAGUGAGCGCACU